AAAUUCUUUUAAAUACUUGUAACUGAUGAAGAACCUAAGAAAGGUAAAAUGAGGCUCAGUAAUAUAUUUUCUGACUACAGUUUUUUCUUUUUUCUAAAUAGGGAUGAACACAUUGCUUUCUGCUCCCAUUCAUACCCAGAUGCAACAGAAGGAGUUUUCAGUUAUAGAACAUAACCAUGAAAGGAAACAUGCAGAUGACCAGACAGUCAUCUUUUCAGAUGAAAACCAGAUGGAUCUGACAUCAAGUCACACUGUAAUGAUUACCAAAGGCCUUUUAGAUAAUCCCAAAAGUGAAAAGCUCACCAAGAUAGAUACCACAUCAUUUCUAGCUAAUUUAAAGCUUCACACUGAGGACUCAAGAAUGAAAAAAGAAUUAAAUUUUUCCAUGGAUCGAAACACUUCUUCAGAAAAGAAAAUAAAUUUCAAUGACUUCAUAAAAAGAUUGAAAACAGGAAAAUAUAAUGCUUUUCCUAAUGGGCCUGAUAAAGAAAAUUUUGAGAUACCUGUUUAUUCUGAUGAAUCACAUAGCGCCUCUUCUACACGUCAAAUGCGUGUAUCUCUUAAUGAAGAUGAGAAUAACAGUAAUAUUACUAGGAUCUUUAGAGAAAAAGAUGAUGGGAUGAAUUUCACUCAGUGUCAUACAGCGAAUAUUCAGACAUUGAUUCCCACAUCCAGGGAGACCAACUCACAGGAAUCUAAAGGUAAUGAUUAUACAAUUUAUGGCAGUGAUGUUAUGGACUUGACAUUGAACCACACUAUACAGAUUUUACCCGCAACAGAUAAUUUUUCUAAAAUAGAAAAUCAAACUCAGAAUGCCAUAAUGGAUGUAACAACAGGUUACGGGACUAAAGCUUCAGGAAAGAAAACAAUUUUUAAGAGUAAACAAAAUGCUGCUUUUCAAGACCCUUCCAUAAACCCUGCAGACAAAAUACAUAUUACCAAAGGUCAUACUAUGGGAGCGGAAACUCAUAUACUCUCACAUACUUGUAAUCAAGAUGCCAGAAUAUUAGCCAUGACCCCAGAAUCUAUAUGUUCUAAUUCAGCUAUUCAAGGUUGUAAGAGAGUUUUCUAUUCCAGUCGUAAUGAUACCAAGGAAAUGACCAAGUGUCUCUCAAGUAUGAGAGAAGAGAAAAAUUUGCUAAAGCAUGACAGUAAUUAUUCUAAAAUAUAUUGCAAUCCAGAUGCUAUGUCUUGUCUCACAGAGAAAACUAUUUAUUCUGGAGAGGAGAACAUGGAUAUCACCAAGAGUCACACGGUUGCAAUAGAUAAUCAGAUUUUUAAACAAGAUCAAUCAAAUGUUCAGAUAGCAGCUGCGCUACCACCUGAAAAAGAAAUGAUGCUCCAAAAUCACAUGACCACAUCAGAAGAUGGGAAAACAAAUGUAAAUUGUAACUCAGUUCCUCUUGUAUCUAAGGAAAGAAUACAGCAGAGCUUGUCAAAUAUUUUACCAAUUUCAUUGACUGAUAGAAAGACUGAACUUUUAGCAGGUGAAGAUACGGAUUUGACCGAAAGUCACACAAGUAACUUAGGAAGUCAGGUUCCUCUUGCAAGUUACAGUCCAGCACCAGAGAAUACCAGUGAAUCUCACUCUCACAGCAAAAGCUGUUCACAUAAAUGUCAAAAAAUGACCAAAAGUCAUACCGAACCAUUUCAACAACCAGACAUAAUAUCUAAAAACAGCCUAACCGAUGCCGGUAACAAAGACAAAGAGCAGAUUUUGAAUAUUUUGCCAUACCUUGAUAAAGAUUUUCCUCAGUCAGCUGAUUGUAAUCAGGACAUGGCAACAAGCCAUAAUAUAGUCUACUCUGGUGAAGUUCUUGAAAAACAAGUAGCUAAUAGAAAUACAGUUUCAUGUGAACAAUCUUUGUUUUCUACUAGAAAGCAAUUCUUUUCAUCAGGACAAUCUUCUAUGAAAAUUCAUAAUACUACCCUUAAUAGUCAUACAGUGAAAUCUCUACUAGGUCAGAAUUCUAAACUGCCUGAGCCACUGAGGAAAAGUUUAAGUAAUCCCAUACCUGACUAUUGUCAUGACAAGAUGAUUAUGUGUUCCGAGGAAGAGCAAAAUAUGGAUCUAACGAAGAGCCACACUGUUGUCAUUGGAUUUGGUCCUUCUGAACUACAAAAACUUGGUAAAACUAAUUUAGAACACACUAUUAGCCAGCUAACAACAGCAAGCAGACAGACAGCUGUAAAAGUUGAAAAAUGUGGUAAAAGUCCCAUAGAAAGAAGUGGAAUACUUAUAUCUAACAGUAUUAUGGAUGUAUUAAAGGAUGAAAGUGUACAGAAACCUGAAUUUCCUGAGGAAAAGCAAAAUAUUAAAAUUUGGGGGAGGAAAAGUGUUGGCGGACUAAAAAUUGAUAAGACUAUUGUAUUUUCAGAAGAUAAGAAUGAUAUGGAUAUCACUAAGAGCUAUACAGUGGAAAUAAGUCAUAGACCUUUAUUAGAUAAACAUGAUUGUCAUUUGGUGCCAUUGGCAGGAACUUCUGAAACUAUUUUAUAUACAUAUGGGCAGGAUGACAUGGAAAUCACUAGAAGUCACACAACUGCCUUAGGAUGUAAAACUGUCUCACCAGAUGAAAUAACUUCUAGGCCUAUGGACAAAACUGUAUCGUUUGUAGAUAAUCAUGAUGAACUAGAAAUGACAAAGUCCCAUACUGUUUUCAUUGACUACCAAGAAAAGGAAAGAACUGUGCUUCCAAACAGACCUAACUUUGAACUAUCCCAAAGGAAAAGCCUAGGAACACCAAAAGUGUUAUGUACUCCUACUGAGGAGAGUGUUUUCUUGCCAGAAAAUGGUGAAAGUGACGGUCUAGUAGCAAGUGACAGCCAGCUAACACCUCUGGAGGAAUGGUCUAAUAAUAGAGGUCCUAUAGAGGUUGCUGAUAACAUGGAAGUGUCUAAAUCAACCACUUGGGAAGACUUCAAAGAUGUACAAAAUCCUGGAUUUCUGAAUGAACCUCUGUCAGCCAAAAGUCAGAGAAGAAAAAGCCUUAAGCUAAAAAAUGACAAGACCAUUGUAUUUUCAGAGAAUGAUAAAAAUGAUAUGGAUAUUACCCAGAGUUGUAUGGUGGAAAUAUAUAACAAAAGUGCCCUGGAGGAUAAAGAGGACUUCCAUUUGGUGCCUUUGGCAGGGGCUUCUAAAACUAUUUUGUAUUCAUGUGGGCAGGAUGACAUGGAGAUCACUAGAAGUCACACAACUACCUUAGAAUGUAAAACUGUCUUGCCAAAUGAAAUAGCUAUCAGGCCCAUGGACAAAACUGUAAUAUUCACAGAUAAUCACAGUGAUCUGGAUGUCACCACAUCCCAUACUGCUUUUAUUGAAUGUCAAGCCACAGAGAAAAUACUUGAAGAGAACCCUAAUUUUGGAAUAGCAAAAGGAAAAAACUUGGGUGUUUCCUUUCCUAAGGAUAAUAGCUAUGUUCAAGAAAUCGCUGAAAAACAAGCACUGGGUAUAGAAAACAAAAUUGUUCUUCACACUGAGCAAAAGCAACAACGCUUUGCUUCUACUAAUACAUUGUCUGGGGAUCAAGGUGAAAUGGAAAUCAUCAAAUUCCAUAGUGCUGCCAUGGAUGAAAAGGUCUUAGGGAAAGUUGUAGACCAGGCCUAUACAUUGGAAAAAGCCCAGAUUGAAAGCUGUCAGUUAAAUAAUAGAGAUAGAAGAAAUGUAGAUUUUACAAGCAGUCAUGCAACUGCUAUUUGUGGAUCCAGUGAUGAUAAUUCCUGUUCUCCAAAUGUUAUUAACUAUACUGAUAAUUUGGAGGGUAGUGCCAUGCCCGUAUGUGAUAAAGAUAAGGAAAAAGCCAAUAAUUGCCCAGUGCAGAAUGAUCUUGCACCCAUAUGUGAAAACAAGCCUAAAAUGCUCAAUAAUGAGAAGUGGUUUGCUGAAGCCUAUAAAAAAGAACUGAAGGAAAAUACUCAAACAACUAACUGUAAUACAGCUCUUGAUUUCCACAGUAACUCAGACUUGGCUAAGCAAGUCAUUCAAACUCAUGUGAAUGCUGGAAAAGCACCAGAUCCUGCAGUGACAUGUAAUAUUCACUGUUUUCAUAGAGUCAAACCAAAUCUGAAUGAUCUGAAUGGAAAAACUAAAGCUUUUCAAACUGUUCAUGUACCGCCUCCUCCAGAGCAAUUACUUGAAUUGGGAAAUAAGGCACACAAUGGUUUGAGUGUAGUGCAAGCUUCAGAAAUGUUUAAUAUUAACAUAAUCUUCAGCAAUGCUAAAGAUAGUAGAGAUGAAGAAAAUAAAAAGACUAGUAAUGGAGCUGAAACCACCUCUCUACCAUUAAAGACAGUUGUUAAAGAUAAAGUGAGGAGAUGUUCUUUGGGAAUCUUUUUGCCUAGAUUGCCAAACAAGAGAAAUUGCAGUGUCACUGGUAUUGAUGAGCUGGAACAGAUUCCAGCAUACACAACUGAUUUAAAUCACUUAGAAACUCAGCCAGUCUCUAGCAAAGAUUCAGGCAUUGGAUCUGUUGCAGCUAAACUGAACCUAAGUCCUUCUCAAUAUAUAAAUGAGGAAAAUCUUCCUAUAUAUCCUGAUGAGAUCAAUUCCUCAGACUCUAUUAACAUAGAAACUGAGGAAAAGGCUUUGAUUGAGACAUACCAAAAAGAGAUUUCACCGUAUGAAAAUAAAAUGGAGAAAACUUUCAAUAGCCAAAAAAGAACCUGGGUACAAGAAGAAGAAGAAGAUACUCAGAAGGAGAAAAAAAUCAGAAAAAAUGAGAUUAAGUUUAGUGAUACUGCACAAGAUCAGGAGAUUUUUGAUCACCAUACUGAAGAGCAUAUAGAUAAAAAUGCUAACAGUGUAUUGAUAAAAAGCCUGAGCAGGACCCCAUCUAGUUGCAGCAGCUCUCUGGAUUCGAUCAAGGCUGAUGGGACCUCCCUGGACUUUAGCACUUACCGCAGUAGUCAAAUGGAAUCACAGUUUCUCAGAGAUACUAUUUGUGAAGAGAGCUUGAGGGAGAAACUCAAAGAUGGGAGAAUAACAAUAAGAGAGUUCUUUAUACUUCUCCAGGUCCACAUCUUGAUACAGAAACCCCGACAGAGCAAUCUUCCAGGCAAUUUUACCAUAAACACACCGCCUACUCCAGAAGACCUGUUGUUAAGUCAAUAUGUUUACCGACCCAAGAUACAGAUUUAUAGACAAGAUUGUGAAGCUCGUCGCCAACAGAUUGAAGAGUUAAAGCUUUCUGCAUCGAACCAAGAUAAACUGUUGGCUGAUAUAAAUAAGAACCUGUGGGAAAAAAUGAGACACUGCUCUGACGAAGAGUUACAGGACUUUGGAAUUUACCUUAACAAAAUAAAAUCACGUUUCACCAAGAUGACUAAAGUCUUCACUCACCAAGGAAAAGUGGCUCUGUAUGGCAAGCUGGUGCAGUCAGCUCAGAAUGAAAGGGAGAAACUUCAGACAAAGAUAGAUGAGAUGGAUAAAAUACUUAAGAAGAUCGAUAACCGUCUCACUGAGGUGGAAAUAGAAACUAAGAAUUUGGAGAAUGAAGAGAAAGACAAUCUUGUGGAAGAAUGGGAUUCUGAAAUGAGAACUGCAGAGAAAGAACUGGAACAGCUGAAAACUGAGGAAGAGGAGUUUCAAAGAAAUCUCUUAGAACUGGAGGUACAAAAAGAGCAGACCCUUGCUCAAAUAGACUUUAUGCAAAAACAAACAAAUAGAACUGAAGAGCUACUGGAUCAGUUGAGCUUGUCUGAGUGGGAUGUUGUUGAGUGGAGUGAUGAUCAAGCUGUAUUCACCUUUGUUUAUGACUCGAUAGAACUCACCAUUACCUUUGGAGAGUCAGUUGUUGGUCUCCCUUUCCUGGACAACCGUUAUGUAAGGAAGAUUAUUGAUGUGAAUUUUCAAUCUCUGUUAGAUGAGGAUAAAGCUCCUCCUUCCUCCCUUUUAGUUCAUAAGCUUAUUUUCCAGUACAUUGAGGAAAAGGAAUCCUGGAAGAAGACAUGUACAACACAGCAUCAGGUACCCAAGAUGCUUGAAGAAUUCUCACUGGUAGUGAACCACUGCAGACUCCUUGGAGAGGAGAUUGAGUAUUUAAAGACAUGGGGACCAAAUUAUAACCUAAUGAACAUAGAUGUUAAUAAUAUUGAAUUGAAACUUUUAUUCUCUAGCUCUGCAGCAUUUGCAAAGUUUGAAAUAACUUUGUUUCUAUCAGCCCAUUAUCCAUCUGUACCAUUACUUUUCACCAUUCAGAAUCAUAUUGGGAACACUAGCCAAGAUGAUAUUGCUACCAUUCUGUCUAAAGUGCCCCUGGAGAACAACUACCUGAAGAAUGUAGUCAAGCAAAUUUACCAAGAUCUGCUUCAGGACUGCCACUUCUACCACUAGACCCUUGGACCACCAUUAGAACAACCCAGUGGAAUGUCGUCGAUAUUAUGUCAGGAUCCCAUUGCUCUGUAGCCUUUGUCUUUAGGUCAUUACAAGCUGAGUAAAAUUCCUUCUGAUGAUGUUA